AUGCAACUGAAGACAUUCAAACCAUUCGAAGUCAGUUGGAUAUGGCUUUACGGGGAUCCAAAUAGAGCAGCCUGGGAAAUCAGGAAACUAAGAUCAGAUUUGAAUCAAGCUUUCCACAAUGAGGAGGUGUUCUGGAAGUUAAAAAGCAGAAAUAAAUGGUUACAAGUUGGGGAUAGGAACACAGCCUAUUUUCAUGGUGUAACAAAGGCACGAAAACCAAGAACUUGUAUUAAACGAGUAGUCGAUGAGGCUGGUAUAGUUCAUACCAAGGAUGAGGCAAUUGCAAAGGUAGCAGAAGAAUAUUUUCAGCAAAUGUUCACGGCAUCAGAAACAUUGGAUAUUGAUGACGUUAUUCCAGUAAUGGAUCAACGAGUAACAGAAGCAAUGAAUGCAAUCUUACUGAGACCAGUCACGGAUAUGGAGAUAAAAUUGUUUUAUCUAUUGGAUCAGACAAAGCUCCCGGUCACGAUGGAUUCACAGCUUCUUUUUAUCAAAGAUUUUGGGACGAAAUACGAUCGGAUCUCUACUUCAUGGUAA